AGAAGCCUCCACGUGUAAUCAGAUUCGAGUGCCCUAAUUUACUCGGAAUUUGAAAGUUAGUACUGAGUGGAGUAAUAGGAGAGAAGCGCCGCCGUACUUUUGACUGCACGAACAAUGCUUCAAAUCGGAUAUAACGAAGUCGACGGUGAGAAUAUCUCUUCCAGUGAACCGGAAAUUCAGUUGUACCGGAUCGAUUCGAUCGAAUCAACGGUUAUGAUCCGGCAAUUACCGUCGCUGGGCAUCUCCUUCAAGCUCUGGCUUCCUGCAACAACUCUCGUCACGCUUCUCGAUAACUACCGUCGUGACCCAAGCACCAGCCCACUCACUCGCACCUUAUCGACAUUCCAAUCCGAGGGUUCAGAUUCUCCUUCUUCACCGCUUAACGUCGUCGAGCUCGGAUCUGGAACCGGAAUCGUCGGAAUCGCGGCGGCUGCGACGCUUGGUGCCAAUGUCACGGUGACGGAUCUCCCAAACGUGAUCGAGAAUCUCAGAUUCAACGCAGACGCGAACGCUGAAGCCGCGGCUAGAUUCGGUGGGAAAGUCCACGUGGCGUCUCUACGUUGGGGUGAAAUCGAUGACGUGGAAGCUUUGGGUCAAAACGUUGACUUGGUUUUAGCGUCUGACGUGGUUUACCACGAGCAUCUUUAUGAACCUCUCCUAAAAACGCUGCGUUUUAUGCUCUUAGUAGAAGGAUCCAAGAGAGUGUUUCUCAUGUCUCACCUCAAGAGAUGGAAGAAAGAAUCGAUCUUUUUCAAGAAAGCUCGGAAGCUCUUCGAUGUCGAUGUUAUACACUGUGAUGAUCCUCAAGAAGGUUCUAGAAUCGGAGUUGUUGUUUACCGUUUUGCACCGAAAAAUCAAACCUUUAGCAGUGUAAAAGAUUCUUCUUUUGUUUGUUAAAUAAUGGAAAUGGAAAGACUUUU